GGCAGUAGACGGGCGAGCAGCAUCGAGUGGUCGCGCUGGGGGGCGAGGGCGGCGUUGAUGGCCGACAUGGUCACAUCACACAGACCAUUCAGCACCGUGGCAUACUCGGCCAACACCAGCUGGCGGCAACCGCGUCGCCCCAGAUGUUCGGCAGUGGGCGUGGGGCCGCUGAGGGACUGGCCGGCGCCGGCUCUCAGAAGGGUGCGGAUGACGGUCUCGAGAUUGGGAAUUUCCCGUGUGCGGAUGUCCUCCUCGACGUCUUCUGCAAUCUCGUUACGGCCCAGCUUCUCAGUGGAUAUACGGACACUGCCGGCAGCGAUGACGAGGGGUGUCAGAUUGUUGUUCGUUCCUCUGUCGAUGUCGUCAGGUGAGAGCUUGCGACACAGCCAAUCCACGAAAAAGUAAGAGCCCCAACGCGCCGCCCGGUGCAAUUCCGUGUGGCCAGAAUUGUUGGCCGCCCUGAUGUCAGCUCCGUUGUCCACAAGCGGGUCGAGGUACUGGCUCAUGAAGGGCUGCGAGAAGCGACCUAUACCCCUGGCGAAGGCCCAAAACACCAGGCCUCCGCCUCCAGGACCUUCUUCAGUCGCCACUGUGCUGUCGUGCUGAAUGAGCCGGCGGUAGAUGGCCAUCAAUUGCCGCUCGCACUCGGGGGUAGGCCGACACGUAUUGUACUCCGGCAGGCACAUCACCAGGAAUCCGCGCAGCUGGACGCCCCGUCGCAGUAAGAGACCGACUGCCGGCAUGUUGGCUGCCGCAACGGCGACACGGAUGGGUCUUGACUCCCUGUUGGCAAAUCGGGCAUUGAUGUCGGCCCCGCCGUCGAUCAGUGCCGUCAU